GGGGCGGGGCGGACCCUGGAGAAAGGUUUGGGGAAGAUCUAUGUCCCAGAAGUGACGUGUACCGUGUGCGCCUUGACGCUCAGGCGUGUGCUCCUCAGCGCGGGAACAAAGUCUGUUCAAUUGAUGACUAUCCUGGAUUCCUGGGUUCCAGGCCCCGGUGUUGGGGCGCUGCUCAAGUCAUCCAGCUGAAGGGAAAUCCUGUUGAACUGGCUCUUCUUAGGAACCUUUCAAAGAUGAAUGAACACACAUUGGAAACAACUCAACAGCAGCGGAAACUUCCUAAAUGGAUGGCCAUGCAGAAUAAGGGAUUUGCCAUAGAGAAAAGAAAGGCAUCUAUUCAGAAGAGUGUUUUGGAAGAUGACCUCCCAUUCUUAGAAUUUACUGGAUCCAUUGUGUACAGUUAUGAAGCUAGUGAUUGUUCCUUCUUAUCAGAAGAUAUUAGCUUGAGUCUAUCUAGUGGAGAUGUGGUAGGAUUUGACAUGGAAUGGCCACCAGUAUACAAUAAAGGAAAACUGGGCAGAAUUGCGCUAAUUCAGUUGUGUGUGUCAGAGAGCAAAUGUUAUCUGUUUCAUAUUUCUUCUAUGUCAGUUUUCCCGCAGGGCUUAAAAAUGUUGCGAAAUGAAGCAAUUAAAAAGGCAGGUGUAGGAAUCAAAGGAGAUCAGUGGAAACUUCUACGUGACUUUGACAUCAAAUUGAAGAGUUUUGUGGAGCUGACAGAUGUUGCCAAUGAAAGAGAAUCUCUGCCUUAUGUUUUGCUGAAAUGUGCAGAGACCUGGAGCCUCAAUGGUUUGGUUAAACAUCUCUUCAGUAAACAGCUUCUAAAAGACAAGUCUAUCCGCUGUAGCAAUUGGAGUAAUUUUCCCCUCACUGAGGACCAGAAAUUAUACGCAGCUACUGAUGCUUAUGCUGGUUUCAUCAUUUAUCAAAAAUUAGAAAAUUUGGGUGAUGCCAUACAGAUACUAGCCAUAAAUAAAGAUGAGGAAGUACUGCCUAGUGAUGUAAAGAAACAAUUGACUUCAAUCUCUGAAGAGAUGAUGGAUCUGGCUAAGCAUCUUCCUGACACUUUUGGAAAGUUGGAAAGUCCACAGAGGGUUUCUAUGCUAUUGAAGGAUAUUUCAGAAAAUCUGUGUUCAUUGAGGAAGAUGAUAUUUGGUUCUACUGGAAAUGAACUGAGUCCCAUCAGUAGUUUUCACUUAUUACCAUUGCAAGAGCCAACUGCUAGUAAAGUACAACAGAAACAAAUUACAAUAUAUGAUUUUUUUACUAAAGUUAGAGAUGAGGCAUGGCACAGAACACUUGAUAAUUUAAUUAAACAUGGUGGAGAAAAUGUCCUUGGAAAUGAAGCUAAUCAAGAAGAUGGAUUUGAAACUGGACUAGAAGAAGACAAUGAGCUGAAAGAGAACACAGAAAGAGUUUGUUUGAUGUCAUUAGAUAUUACAGAAUAUGAACUGCAACUUUUGGAACAAGAGGCUAAGGAAAAAAAUCUUAGUAAUAUUACUUCCAGCUCUCCUGAGCAUUUGUCUUCCAAGGACAACGAAGAGGAUAUAUCUUAUGUAAUUGAGAGUGAUGAAGAUUUAGAAAUGGAGAUGCUUAAGUCUUUAGAAAAUCUAAGUGGCACGGUAAAUCCAAAUCAUACAAAAUGCAGAGAAAUGGAAGGAAAUCUGGGUCUUCCUUUGGAAGAAGAUGAAGAUGAGAAUGAAGCUGUUGUAGAGGAAGAAGAAGAAGAAGACUACUUGUUACCAGAACCUACCGCAAAGCAAAUUAAUUGCCUCAAGACGUACUUUGGCCAUUCCAGUUUUAAACCGGUUCAGUGGAAAGUGAUUCAUUCCAUAUUGGAAGAAAGAAGAGAUAAUGUUGUUGUCAUGGCAACUGGGUAUGGAAAGAGUUUGUGCUUCCAGUACCCACCUGUCUCUGUAGGUGGGAUUGGCCUUGUCAUCUCUCCCCUUAUUUCUUUGAUGGAAGACCAAGUGCUCCAGCUUGAAAUGUCCAACAUUCCAGCUUGUUUUCUUGGAUCAGCACAGUCAAAAAAUGUUCUAGAGGAUAUUAAAUUAGGAAAAUACCGCAUUGUAUACUUAACUCCAGAAUUCUGUUCAGGUAACUUGGACCUACUCCAGCAUCUUGAAGCUAAUAUUGGUAUCACAGUUAUUGCUGUGGAUGAGGCUCACUGUAUUUCUGAGUGGGGACAUGAUUUUAGAAAUUCAUUCAGAACUUUGGGCUCCCUAAAGUCAGCACUCCCGUUGGUUCCAAUUGUGGCACUGACUGCUACUGGAACUUCUUCAAUCCGAGAAGACAUUGUACGUUGCUUAAAACUGAAGGAUCCUCAGAUUACCUGUACUGGUUUUGAUCGACCAAACUUGUAUUUAGAAGUUGGACGAAAAACAGGAGACAUCCUUCAGGAUCUGAAGCAGUUUCUUGUCCAGAAGACAAGUUCUGCCUGGGAAUUUGAAGGUCCAACUAUCAUCUAUUGUCCUUCCAGAAAAAUGACAGAACAAGUUACAGCUGAACUUAAGAAACUGAAGUUAGCCUGUGAAACAUACCAUGCAGGACUGAGUAUUCACUUAAGGAAGCAAGUUCAUCAUAAGUUUAUGAGAGAUGAAAUUCAGUGUGUCAUAGCUACCAUAGCUUUUGGAAUGGGCAUUAAUAAAGCUGACAUUCGUAAAGUCAUUCAUUAUGGUGCUCCUAAGGAGAUAGAAUCAUAUUACCAGGAGAUUGGUAGAGCUGGCCGUGAUGGACUUCAAAGUUCUUGUCACAUUCUCUGGGCUCCAGCAGACAUUAACCUAAAUAGGCACCUCCUUAGUGAGAUAUGCAAUGAAAACUUUCGAUUAUACAAAUUAAAGAUGAUGGCGAAGAUGGAAAAAUAUCUUCAUUCCAGCAGGUGUAGACGACAAAUCAUCUUGUCUCAUUUUGAAGACAAACAGCUACGAAAGGCCUCCUUGGGAAUUAUGGGAACUGAAAAAUGCUGUGAUAAUUGCAGGUCCAGAUUGGAUCACUGCUUUUCCACUGACGAUUCAGAGGAUAUGUCACAGGACUUUGGUCCACAAGCAUUCCAGCUCUUAUCUGCUGUGACCAUCUUAGGAGAAAAGUUUGGAAUUGGGCUUCCGAUUUUAUUUCUCCGGGGAUCUAGUUCCCAGCGUCUUGAAGAUAAAUACCGCAGUCACAGUUUCUUUGGCACUGGCAAGGAUCACACAGAGAGCUGGUGGAAGGCUUUUUCCCGCCAGCUCGUAACUGAGGGGUUCUUGGUAGAUGUUCCUGGGCAAAGCAAAUUUGUAAAGAUUUGCACCCUUACAAAAAAGGGUAGAAAUUGGCUUGCUAAAGCCAAAACAGAAUCUCCUCAGAGACUCAUCCUUCAAGCUAAUGAAGAAUUGUGUCCGAGGAAGUUUUCUCUACCAAGUUCUAAUGCUGUAUCUUCGGGCACUGAACAAUAUUCCUCUAAUCAAGUACCAGUUGAAUCAACUUCAGAGAAGAAGUCUAACUUGAAGAAGACAUAUUCUUACAAAGCAUCUGAUAAAAUCUCUUCUGGGAGUAAUACUCCUAAAAAAAGUAUCAUGGUGCCAUCACCAAGAAAAUACUAUAUGUCAUCAGAACCUGUUAUUUCAGCUCAAGAGCAGGAGACUCAGACUGAGUUAUAUGGCAAAUUGGUGGAAGCCAGACAGAAACAUGCCAAUAAAAUGGAUGUUCCUCCGGCUAUUCUGGCAACAAAUAAGAUACUGGUGGAUAUGGCCAAAAUGAGACCUACUACAGUUGAAAAUGUGAAGAGGAUUGAUGGUGUUUCUGAAGGCAAAGCUAUGAUGUUGGCCCCUCUUUUGGAAGUCAUCAAACAUUUCUGUCAAAUAAAUAGUGUUCAGACAAAUGUCUUUUCAAGUGCAAAACCUCAAGAAGAACAGAAGAAAAGUCUGGUGAUGAAAGAUAAAGCAAGUUCACUUUCACAGUCUGAGGCCAUCACAUAUUCUUUAUUCCAAGAAAAGAAAAUGUGUUUGAAGAGUAUAGCUGAGGAAAGGAUUCUGCCUCUCACAGCCGUUGGCAUGCACUUGUCCCAAGCGGUGAAAGCUGGCUACCCACUCGACAUGGAUCGAGCAGGCCUGACUCCAGAGGUUCAGAAGAUUAUUGCUGAUGUUAUCCGAAACCCUCCUAUCAACUCAGAUAUAAAUAAAAUCAAACUAAUCAGAAUGUAUGUUCCUGAAAGCAUUGACACAUACCUUAUCCACAUGGCAAUUGAGAUCCUGGAAAAAGAUUGUGACAAUAGAAUACAAUGCCAGUCUGCAUGUGAUUCCAGCAAAAAGAGAUAUUUCUCCAACUCUGAAGAGAGCUGUUCAGAUGCUAAGAGAAGCAAGGAAGAAGUUGAUAGAAAAUAUCCUUCUGAUUUUUCACUGGAAGAUGAGAGCCACAGGAAUUCACUGAAACUAACUUCUUGGAAUCAGCCAUUUAGCGAUCCAGAAAUAGAAGAUUUAUUUACAGAUUCUCAUUCACAGACUUCAUCCAAAACCUCAGAGAGAAAAUUACCUGGGUGGUUUGCCAAAGAAAAUGAGAUCUUACCUGAUACCAGCAAGAAUUCAGCGGCCAAAACAAAGAAGAAGGGUCUUUUUUGUUAAAUUGGCAACUGUUAGAGGAAUUCUGUGUGUCUUGCUCUAUCUUAAGAGGGAAGUAGUAUUUCAUUUCUGAAAAGAGUGGGGAGUAAUAUUUUUGUUUAAAAAUUAUUCUAAUCUCAAAGUAAAACUCACCUAUUUAUUGAA